CUCAGUUGGGAGAGGAUCCGUACACACGGCCUCAGUUUCAGAAUGCAACAGAUGAAUUCCAGUCUCUAAAGCCAACACGGCCGGUAGUGGCGUUGAUGCCCAGUAUGGUAGUCAAGGGCCUUUAUCGUAACAUUGUGAAGUAAACUUGGGAGUUGUAGAAUAUGUUUACGCGCUCAAUCUGAACAGUAAUACCAGCACAAUGGUUGAAGGAUGCCCUAUAGGGGUCAUUCUUAUUCUCUGUUGCUGUAUGUCAACUACAGGACUGGUUGAGGGUUCAAGUGGUGCGGGAGCGAACAUCUCUGCCAUCUUGAACUCCUUCCAGGUUGGAUAUGACAGGAGGGUGCGGCCCAAUUAUGGAGGAGAACCGGUUACUGUAGGAGUUACUCUUUUCAUCCUCUCGAUCGAAGAUCUUUCAGAGAAGUUCAUGGACUUCACCUUCGAUAUGUAUUUUAGACAAUUUUGGCAAGAUCAUAGACUUAGUUUUGAAGCAAGACCUAAUCUAGAUAAGUUGGUAGUUGGAGCAGAGUAUAUAAAGUUAAUCUGGGUUCCGGACACAUUCUUUGUUAAUGAAAAAGUGGCACUUUUCCAUCAAGCGACAACAGAGAAUCAAUUUCUUAGAAUAAUGUCUACGGGAGACAUCUUGAGAAGCAUGAGACUGACUAUCAAGGCCACCUGUCCGAUGGACCUUUCCAACUUCCCAAUGGAUUCCCAAACAUGUACUGUUGAGAUAGAGAGUUUUGGUUACACCAUGACAGAUCUACGCUACAAAUGGAAUGAUGGCGCUAAAUCAGUUCAGAUGCAGAAUACUGUCUCUCUUCCUCAAUUCUUAGUACUAGGAAACCAGAACUAA